GGGGAGCGAGCGAGUGAGCGAGCGGCUGACUGGAACCAGUCGGAAAAGUGCGACCAGCAGGAAAACGCCGCCGCCAAACCCUUCUCUGGGUUCUCGGCGGUUUAGAAAAACAAUAGCUGGUAGCUUGGAGAAUCCAGUGGCGCGUUUUACUCCCAGAAAGCGUCUGAAAGUUGAGCCGAAGAGGACUUCUCUCAUUCAGGAUGUCGGACUGAGACAAAGGGGUCUGGGGGGCAUUCCUGACGAAGCGUGCCAUAGGUGCUGCCUGCUCGCUGGCCACAUCACGUUACUUUUGGGGCAGGAAAACGAGAUCCUAGAAGUCUCCUCUGGAUGGGAAAAGAUGGAAAGGGAGCAACUAUGGUGGAAAGGACAGCUCGCAGCCGAUAUCCAUCAGUCGCUCCGCAUCAAGGAGCUGAAGCUUCCAGUCUUUCGGGCACAUUCUCCGCAGAUCGGCAUGCGGCGGUACUUCGCGGACUUGCUGGCCAUCCUGAGCAACCGGUACCAGCUGUGCCCCACGGCCCGUCACCUGGCGGUCUACCUGCUGGACCUGUUCAUGGACCACUAUGAUGUGGCCGUCAAACAGCUUUACGUCAUCGCCCUCUCGUGCCUGCUGCUAGCUAGCAAGUUUGAGGAGAAAGAGGACCGUGUGCCCAAACUGGAGCAGCUGAACUCACUGGGCUUCAUGUGCAGCCUCAACUUGGUCCUGAACAAAAGGGAUUUGAUCAAAAUGGAGCUUCUGCUUCUGGAAACCUUCGGCUGGAAUCUGUGCAUGCCCACGCCGGCCCACUUCAUUGACUACUACCUCAACGCCUCGGUCCAGGAGGGUGACCUGUACAACGGCUGGCCGCUGUCCUCCCUCUCCAAGACAAAGGCCUUCAUGGACAAAUACACUCACUACUUCCUGGAGGUCUCACUACAAGACCACGCGUUCCUGAGUUUCCGACCAUCUCAGGUCGCUGCUGCGUGUGUGGCAGCGUCACGGAUUUGCCUUCAGAUCUCUCCCAGCUGGACAACGGCUCUGCACCUACUGACUGGAUACACAUGGGACCACCUCACUCAGUGCAUUGAACUCAUGCUGCUAGCCCAUGAUAACGAUGUCAAGGAAGCCAACAAAGCCAAGUCCACCCCUCCCCACAGAUCCUCCUCGCUUCAGUCCCAGCCUCAGACCUCUCACCUCUCCCCUGUGUCAGCCAUCCAGAGACCCGCCUCCUCUUCCUCGUCCACCUCCGCCACACCACAGCUGCUGUUUCAGCCAGAUGGCUUCCCACACCUCUCCCAACAUUCCCCGUCUCUGUCGCAGCUGCAAGCGCUGGCCGACUCCCAGGCUCUGGGGCCGGUGGUGAACGUGUCUCAGGACUUGCUUCAGAGUCACCGGAUGGGGAUUCUGACCGGAGCUGCGGCCAUCACGGCGGGGAAUGGCUUUCCCUCCUACCCGUGUCUGACGUCCGGCCUCCAGCAGGGGGCACGAGGCCUGCCCAUCCAGGGGCCCAUUUCUGUGCAGAUGGCCCUGGCAGGAGAGCCGCGCCACUGCCUCAGCAUGGCCUACAGUGGCGGCUACCUCGGCGCUCACCACACCUUCGCCGCCGGCUGCUUCGACAGGUGACGCCAGGCGACGGAGAGGGAACUCGGACCCUUACGGGAGUCCGCUGGAAUGGUUCCACCCCCGAAACAUCAGUUUUCAGAACUGUCUCUCUCCGUCGGCCCGGCCCCUUCAGCGUGUCCAACUGUCCCCGCCCCCCCGCAGAGACUCCUUAAGCGAAAGCAGAGGUCUAAAGGCAAGAACGACCCGGUGGAGGUCAUCACACUGACGUGACAAAUGGACUCCUCCUUUGCCAGAUAUCAUUUCAACAGGCUUUAUGGCUCUGCUGAAUGACACUGUUGUCACUGUGAAGGAAAUGAAAGCAGAGGUGUGAUCCAGCACCCCCUCAGCCAGUGCCUGCUCACACAUCGCCCAGCCUAUUUUGGAAGUGCACACUACACACGGGCACCGCUGCCUCAUGUCUCUUAACUCCUCUCAAGUGGCUUUGACAGAAUAUUUACCAGGCUGUGACGUGCAAGUCAUUGGAAAUGUUGAAUCCAGGGCCUUUCAUUGUGAAAAGCUUCGGCGCUACACCUGAUAUGUGUCAGGAAUGACGGGCCCCUCUGGGAAUUCCAACCAAGUGGAAGUACUGGGAUUUGUCCUUCACUCCUCCUCCUCCUCCUCCUCUCAAGCGGAUCCUGACCACAUCCACUCUACUUCUGUCUCUCCGGUUUUCAGACACUACUAUCUCCAUCUCCGAGUGUCCUCUCAGGAAGCCAGCUUUGAUGCUGCUUACACGGUAUCACGUGAACUCGCAUCAGUAAGCUACAACAUUAUGGCCACUUUAGUGUGAUUUUUCUUGUCAAAACAGGGUCUACAUUUUGUUCAAUCUAGUGCACAACGGAAGCAUGUCUGUCAUCGUAGGUGUUGGACGUCCUUUUGUUUUUCGGUUCACAGAUGUUCCCAUCAAUGUGCUACUUUUACUACAUGUUAGCCACUGAAGACGAACUAUGGAGAGUUGGUGGUUCUUAAGUUUUUUUGGAGGCAUAAGUUGCGGCCUGUUCUGUGUUGCCGUGCUUCUGUUUUGUAAAUCUGGAUGGAGAUAGUCUUAUCUUGAAACCGGUGUGAAGCUGCGGUGGGUGGAGGUGCAGGAUCCUGAGCCCCUCUCACGUCUCCCGCUCUCAGAACAGAACACUACUCUAUGUGACUGGACCAGCAUGGUGAAGGGAUGUGGACGCGUUGUUUGUGUAUAUAUAUGAAAUGCUGCUGCCUUCUUAUGAACUGUUGGUUCCAUCUGUGUUGAUGUUUACAUGAACCACUAAAGUAUCAGGGACUUGAACAAGAUUACUUGAAUAUGAUGCCAUUGAAACAUGCCAUAGCUUUUUAUUUAUAAUUUUUACUUUUUCUAUAUUAUUUUGUGACAUAGUGAAGCUUUUUUUUUUUUUAAAUAGAUACAUACAUUGAUUCAUUCUAGUUGUUCAUAGCAGCGUGUGUUCAGUCUCAGGUUUUUAGGGCUGAAACCAUCAGCACUCCUACUGUUAUGCUUUAAGUGGAUGCUAAUGUAGCAUCUCUGGGAUCUAAAACAUCCCUCCUCUUCAUCACUGGACCAUUUGCGAAUGAAAGCUUGUUUGUUUCCGAGUGGAACAACCUUGUAGCCAUGAAAAACAUCUGCUGCCAGUUGUCGAAAAUUGCUUUCCAGAUUUCUAAAGCUCCCAAUCUACGACUUCCUGUUGAAGUAUAAACACAUCCAGAUUCUCAAUGUCGCUGAAGGGGGCUGCACAUGCUAAUGCCUUCCUUGAGACUUACUUUAAAAAAGCGAUUCUGACCGCAAUUAGGUGAGAUAGAAUUGACGGAUUACUUUGGAUGUAGAGGCUAAAAUGGUGAAUCUGCAGGUUGAGUUUAGAAACCUGCACUUUAUGAUGUCACAGUUGAAGGCUUCAAAGUCACCAAAAUGUUAUACAGCUAGACUGAUUCCCAUCCGUGAGAGGUUCGAUGCUUUUCACCACUAUGAACUAAGAUAUUUAGCUUUGCUUUGAUGUACAGUUUCUUUUGUUUUACAUUCCUUUAACUUUCUAGGCUUUGUUCACCCCAUUAUGUUUUCAUGGUUUUACUCCUUGUGCUAUGACUUGACCUCAUGUCAGUACUCUGGAUUUUCAAACCAAGACGUGGUUGUUUGAAAGGACAUUUGACACUGUUUUCAUUUGAACCACCUGGUGUCUGGAACACUGAUUCACACUGCAUCUGUGCGAUGACCUGUACAGGAAACCAAACGUAGAAUCCUCAUUCAACUGCAUGUAGUCAUUGGGACACAGCCUCAGUUUAACGCUUUAGUUCGGAUCCUUAUGUAACACAAAGUCUCCACUGAGGUGCCAACAGUGCAAUAAGUUUUCUGUUUAAGCUGACUCAGCCAUCACUGUCACAUGCACCGCUGGUUCCUCGUUUUUAUACUGUACGUGCGAUUUAAUUUGAACAAGUUCUGAAGAAUAUGUUGCAUAUUGCAGCCACCAUCGUCAAGGCGAUAGACUUUAGACUUUUUUUUUUUAAUGCUGUUACAUUCACAAACCAAACACGAAGUGAUGAACUGACCUUUCUUUUAUAUUUUUAUACUUGUACCGAUUUGUAGUUUGACUUUUUUGUGACACAGAACAUUUAUCAGAUUGUGCCAUGGGGAAAUAAACACAUGUAAGAUGAGAUGAGUUUUGGGAAGUGCUUGUUCUGGUCCUCUGAGAUGCCUGGAAGAGGAAGCGGUGACUUCAGUUCAGAUGGAGGACACAGUCGCCGCACCGGCAGCGUCAACACACACAUCGCCUAUUGUUCAUUUUUGGUCCUUUAAUUCAG